AUGGCACCUGGACUCGAAGUCGAGCAAAGAGUACUAACUUCUUCCGACGGUCUGAAGAUCUACGCCGAGGCUGCCGGCAACAGCAGUGGCCCCAGUAUCGUGUUCGUGCACGGUCUUACCUUAACUGCAGCUUGUUUCGAUGCAUUCUUUGAAGAUUCCCGCCUUUUGCAGCAGUUUUAUCUUGUUCGGUACGAUCUGCGUGGUCAUGGUCGAAGCGGCAAACCUGAAACAAUCGAAGGCCAUGCCUCUUCCCUAUGGGCAGAUGAUUUUAUGGCUGUUGUCAAUGCUUUUGGAUUGAAGAACCCCGUCCACUUCGGCUGGAGCUACGGGGGAACGGUUGCCGCGGACUACUGUCAAUACGUGGAACCACUUCCCGUGUCCGGUAUUAUCUACGCAUGCGCUCUGCCCUACGUGGGCCCCAUUAUGGGUGUUGUUGGCCUACCUGCUAUACUGGGAUUCAUGCCCGGCCUCUUCACCACCGAUGACGUUAUUCUCAACCGGCGUAUCUCCAUUGAAUUCGGCGACUCUGUGUUCGCGCAGCCGGAGAAAGUACCGUUCAAAACCAGAUGUGAAUGGAUUGGUUCCUCCAUCUUCCAGGGGCCCAAGGACGCGCACUUCGUAUGCUCUCGACCUCAGGAUCCUGCUGCGCUAUUCAAGGCGGGGUCGCAAGGCGUCCCUAUGUUGAUACUGAGCGGGACUGCCGAUAGACAGGUGGAUGGGCAGGCCUUGGUGAGGGAGAUGAAACCCCACUUCAAAAACCUGCAGGUGAAGUUUCUAGAGGGGGCUGGGCACGCCAUAUUCUAUGACGACUAUGAAGGAACCGUUGAGGCCAUGACGUCUUUUGUGCGCCAGGUGACCCCACCAUGGCUAGGCUAG